GCCAUGAACAAUAUUGUGAUGUUAUGGUAAGAGGUGUGUGUGCUUAGGGUGUUCUUUUCACACACUCACCAACUGUCAUAAUAUGAAAUUUGAAGCAGUUACAUUUAAACAAACGUGUCAUGUAAUUGCUCUGUAAACGUGCAAAGAGGAUGAACUUGACACAAGUUACUUAUUUUACUCUUACUGGGUACUUUGAAACCAAAGUGUUCAACCACCUUUUGUUUCUGAUUUUGCUGUGUCUCUAUGUGUUGAUCAUUGUUUCUAAUGUGUUGCUGAUUGUAGUUAUCUGUAUGACCAGAAGUCUACAUGAACCUAUGUACCUGUUUCUGUGCAGCCUGUUUGUAAAUGAACUGUAUGGUAGUACAGGUUUGUUUCCAUUCCUUCUGCUUCACGUUCUCUUUGACGUUCACACUGUCUCUCUUUCCUUGUGUUUCCUGCAGAUAUACUGUGUUUACUCGUAUACCACAAUCGAGUUUUUUACCUUAGCCAUCAUAUCAUACGACCGUUUCCUUGCUAUAUGUUACCCUCUGCAGUACAGCACAUGCAUGACCUUUAACAGGAUCGCUAUACUCAUUGCUAUAAUGUGGUUACUUGCUUUUCUUAUAGUUACUGGCACGAUUGUCUGUAGUUUGUCACUUAAGCUGUGCGGAAACAUCAUCAACAAUGUAUACUGUGUGAACUACUCCAUAGUGAAACUGUCCUGUGGUGACACCACACCAAACAACCUCUAUGGACUUUUCGUCACAGCAGGCACAGUCUUUGUUCCUCUGACUUUGAUCCUGUUCACAUACAUGAAGAUUUUAAAAGUCUGUUUCUCUGGUUGUAAACAGACAAGACAGAAAGCAGUCAGCACCUGCACACCUCACGUGGCCUCACUGCUCAACUUCUCCUUUGGGGUCUGUUUUGAAGUUUUACAGAGCAGGUUUGAUAUGAGCAGUGCCCCUAAUAUUCCGAGAAUAUUAUUAUCUUUAUAUUUUCUUACAUCUCAGCCACUGUUCAACCCUCUGAUUUACGGACUCAGGCUGUCCAAAAUACGUCAUGUCUGUAAACGUCAGUUUCGUUCUGACUUGCAGGUGAUUCAUAUGUUCUGUUUGAAUUUUAGUAAAAACAUCACACCGCAUCAAAAAAAUGUGUCAAUAUGAUUCUGUGAUGUAAUGAUGUCGUUUAAAUAAUAAUAAAGUUUAUUUGAGUGGGGCAACCAUUAGCCAUCUCCUCUACAUGUAUGAUCUCAAGCUGUGUGCCAAGAGUGAGCUGGACACUGACUCACUGAUCCACAGCGAAGAAAUUGGAAUGUCAUUUGGACUUAUAUAUGUGGACAAAUUAUAUUAAAAAGAGGAAAGAUGGUCAUAACUGAGGAUUGGAACUACAUGAAGGCAUAAGUAAAAGAUAAAGAUAGCUGAAGAUGCAAUGUAUGAACAUCCCAACAAUCACCUGAAACAAGUAAUAUAUGGGAUAAUAUAUGUUCAAGGAACAGU